CGCCGGGACCCAGCAGCCCGCUGCUCGCCCGGUGUCCCUUCUUCCUCGCUCCUCAGCCUCCUCACCCGGCUUCCUAUCACCCGCAGCUCUCCGGCUGUGGCCUCCACUCAAAGUUUCCUUGGCAGAGACGCCUGGGCGCAGCGGCUGGAGCCAAAAAGCCGCGGUGGAGGGCGAUCCUCAGCGUGUCUGCUGCCAGCACCUGCUCCGCACCGAACCCGCCCGAGCACAGGUUUCCCACUUGGCGGGAGCAGGGGGAGGGGUGCUGUGGCAAGAGAAAGAGGAAAGCCCAGGCUCCUGACAGCAUACACAGCUUGGCUGCCCAACGCAUUUGUGGGGUCACAGAAGAAAACUGGAUCCGCAGCCAAGUUGCCUGAGCAGGGACAGGGGAAGCUUCCACUGCUGCCAAGGUUGUCCCUGUCUCAGUAGCCACAGGCGUGAAGGUUUAGAGAUGCCUUGUCUGCCAGGGCUUUAGAACCGACAUUCCCUCCUGGUCCCUCUGAAAGGAAAAACCGACAGAGCUGAGACAGGGGUACGCCUGGAAGAAGACCCCGGACUCUCGUGCGCUUCAUCCUCCUUGGCUUUGGAUUUUAAGGACACGAAGGGGCAUGGACAGCAUCUCAAGGACACUUAUUGCAGAUGAUUUCAAGAUGUAGAAUCCUUAUGUGUGAAGUAUCCCAAAUGAAGCUGAAGAAUUGGUGUUGACAAUACUUCAUGUUGUGGAAUUGAAGAGUGACACAGGAAGACAGCAUCAUGAGCUCUUGGUGCUUCUAAGAUGUUCUAUGGAUUUUUAAACAUAUGAGCAGAGUAAGGGAAUUAUAAAAAGAAAAAAGAUUCUAAGACAAAGAGCACAGGUGACCACCACCAGCAUGAGGAGCCCAAUUCAAAUUGGAAGAAAGAAUUUCAUGCUAUGGGGCCUGAGACAGUAAAUUGAAAUCAACUAGAUAUCGUCUACAUAAAUCCUCGAAAGGACUGGCUUCACUGGGGCAUUCUUUUCAAACCUAUGAGGUAAAAGAAGCAAAAUGCAGCUUUCAAGGCAUGCUUCAAGAAGUUGGCUUGUGGGACUUUGAGAGAUUCUGCUAUCUGUGACAUGCUGGAAGUAUCAUGAUCAACUACUCAGUUUGGAUUUCACCCAGUGGCCAUGAGCUUUGUGUGGUAGACGGCAGGGGUUGGAUUUUUAAAAAAGAGCAAACCAGGUAAAUUUUAAAAAAUUACAUGUGCAACCUGGUGAUGGUUCAAUGGAUAAAAGAGCUUGAAGUGAGACGAGGACCUGAAUUCAAAUUGCCAGCACCCACGACACCACUACUACUAUUCCUUCUUAAAAGGCAGUCAGCGUACAGGCCCAUAACCAAGGUGUAGACUAAGAAGUGGAGUCAUGCUUCACACGGCCAUACCAUGCUGGCAGCCAUUCCUGGGUCUGGCUGUGGUGUUACUCUUCAUGGGAUCCACCAUCGGCUGUCCUGCUCGCUGCGAGUGCUCUGCCCAGAACAAAUCCGUCAGCUGCCACAGAAGACGUUUGAUUGCCAUCCCAGAAGGCAUUCCCAUUGAGACCAAAAUCUUGGACCUCAGCAAAAAUAGGUUAAAGAGCAUAAACCCUGAAGAAUUCAUUUCAUAUCCUCUCUUGGAGGAGAUAGACUUGAGUGACAACAUCAUCAGCAAUGUGGAGCCUGGAGCAUUUAACAACCUCUUUAACCUGCGUUCCCUCCGACUGAAAGGCAAUCGCCUUAAGUUGGUACCAUUGGGAGUAUUCACAGGACUGUCCAACCUCACCAAGCUUGACAUUAGUGAAAAUAAGAUUGUCAUUUUGCUGGACUACAUGUUCCAGGAUUUACAUAACCUGAAGUCUCUAGAAGUGGGGGACAAUGAUUUGGUUUAUAUAUCACACAGGGCCUUCAGCGGACUACUUAGCUUGGAGCGGCUCACUCUGGAGAAGUGCAACUUAACAGCAGUGCCAACAGAAGCCCUUUCCCACCUCCGCAGCCUCAUCACCCUGCAUCUGAAGCAUCUUAAUAUCAACAAUAUGCCUGUGUAUGCCUUUAAAAGAUUGUUCCACCUGAAACACCUCGAGAUCGACUAUUGGCCUUUACUAGAUAUGAUGCCGGCCAAUAGCCUCUAUGGUCUCAACCUCACAGCCCUUUCCAUCACUAACACAAACCUAUCCACUGUCCCCUUCCUUGCCUUUAAACACCUGGUGUACCUGACCCACCUUAACCUCUCGUACAAUCCCAUCAGCACUAUUGAAGCAGGCAUGUUUUCUGACCUGAUUCGCCUACAGGAGCUUCAUAUAGUGGGAGCCCAACUCCGCACUAUUGAGCCUCACUCCUUCCAAGGGCUCCGCUUCCUCCGUGUACUCAAUGUGUCUCAGAACCUGCUGGAAACAUUGGAAGAGAAUGUCUUCUCCUCCCCUAGGGCUUUGGAGGUCCUGAGCAUUAACAAUAACCCACUAGCCUGCGACUGCCGACUUCUCUGGCUCCUACAGAGACAACCCAACCUACAGUUUGGGGGCCAGCAGCCCAUGUGUGCCGGGCCAGACACCAUCCGUGAGAGGUCAUUUAAGGAUUUCCAUAGCACUGCUCUUUCUUUUUAUUUUACCUGCAAAAAGCCCAAAAUCCGAGAAAAGAAGCUACAGCAUCUACUAGUAGAUGAAGGACAGACAGUUCAGCUGGAGUGCAACGCUGAUGGAGACCCACAGCCAGUGAUUUCCUGGGUGACACCCCGAAGGCGCUUUAUCACCACCAAGUCCAAUGGAAGGGCCACUGUGUUGGGUGAUGGCACCUUGGAAAUCCGUUUUGCCCAGGAUCAAGACAGUGGGAUGUAUGUUUGCAUUGCUAGCAACGCUGCCGGGAACGACACCUUCACAGCCUCUCUCACUGUAAAGGGAUUCACUUCAGACCGCUUCCUUUAUGCAAACAGGACCCCUAUGUACAUGACCGACUCCAAUGACACCAUUUCCAAUGGCACUAAUGCCAAUACCUUUUCCCUGGACCUUAAAACAAUACUGGUAUCUACAGCCAUGGGCUGUUUCACAUUCCUGGGAGUGGUUUUAUUUUGUUUUCUCCUGCUUUUUGUGUGGAGCCGAGGAAAAGGCAAGCACAAAAACAGCAUUGACCUUGAGUAUGUGCCCCGGAAAAACAAUGGUGCUGUUGUGGAAGGGGAGGUGGCUGGACCCAGGAGGUUCAACAUGAAAAUGAUAUAAGGGCCCACCGCACACACUGCUGUCUCUGUGUUGCUGUUGAUAAUGAGGGAGACGUCUGACAUAGUGAAUCCCAAGGUUAUCAGGCAGCUUCAUGCAGCUGUCCCUGUAUCAAAGCAGGGUUCAUGGAAGCAGGAAGACUUCUGAUGGAGACUGGCCCAUUAGAGGCAGGCAGGCAUGUGUCAGAGCCCUUCACACAGUGGGAUACUAAUUGUUUGCAUUGCAAAUAUUGGCAUUGUGGGGACCUCAGUAUUGAACCUGAACCUUUGGCUCAUGCUGAUGGACAACAAUUCAACAUUUUCUACCACUGCAAAAACAAAAGGAAAAAUAAAAAGAACAACCUACAGUGUAGGCUUUACAUAUUAAAAAGACACAUUUGUCUAAAACAUACUCUACAGUAAAAUUUGUAUUUAUUAUUAUCAUUUGUUAAAACCUUGCAUCAUACAAUACUGUUGGUUCAGCACCAAAAAGAGAUCACUAUAUUCUUUUUUUUGAAACAUAUAUGCUGUAUAUGUUUUAAAGCAAUAUGAAUGAGAGGUUGUGCUUUUAGUCACUCACCAGUAUAGCUCCAAGUGUGAUUUCACCUUCCUUUUGUCCACCAAUAAACCUGAGAUUAGAUCCCUGGAGUAACAGGCAGAGAUGUGUUGAGAUGUGUAUGUCUGAUGUAGGAUGCCAAGAAACAGAACCCAAGUCAAAACUGCUCAACUCUGUUAACUUCUGUUACUAUAAAUAAAGGCAUGUGCCUAGUUUUGAUACAGAAUGGAAUAUUUUUUAUAUGUACACUACCAACCUGGACCAGUUUACUGUAACAGAAGUCUCUGGGUUUCUCCAGAAAGUGGCAUAUUGUUAGCUGUACCUGUAAAAUGCAAGGUAGGUGUCAUUCAUAAAAGUAAUCCAUUUAGCUAGGCCUUAGUUUUACUUUUCACCAGUCACUGCUCAUGGGUUAAUGACAAAUGGAGAAAGGAGUAAUGAUUAUAUAUAAUUAUUUGGCAUCAGUAGCUGAUAUCAAUAAUUCUGAGGUCCAAAAGCUCUCUGGAUAAGGAAUUUUCAGAAGUCAGUAAGAAUCAGGGUGACUCAAGCACAUCAUGACAGUGAUGCAACCAAUGAUCUUUUUCAAAUGUGACAGCUGCCUGGAAGAUGGCUACAAGUCAAGGGGAACACACAGCACAUGCCAUUCCCAAUUUCUCAAUUCGAUUUGUCAUACUGUGUAUGACCACAAUUAGGCAACUUCAGUGUGGUUCCCUGAUUCCCAAUUAAGACUUUUAGUUUCAUAUUGUAAACUACGUGGCAUAGAUAAGAGGUAUCGGUCUUGUGCAAAGCAGUGAGAGAAAAACCAGUGUUGAUUUAAAAAACAAGUUUUUGUUCCUUCACUGAGGAAAAGCUAAGCUUUACCAUUCUACAAAUUCAUAAUGUUGUGUUGAUUCUUUCACUUUAUUGACCUGAGCAUAUUUGCCCAACUCAGUUAGUGUCAAUGUUACCUCUCCAAAUAUAUAUAUAUAUAUAUAUAUAUAUAUAUAUAUUAUUAUUAUUAUCAGUGACCUGGUUGAAGAAAGCAUAAUUCCACUUGGCUGAGUACUAGAUAACUAUCAAACAUAUAUUCAUAUGCCCUGAAAAAGUAUUGGAUACAGAUUGUAUUCCUGAAAUGAUAUGUAUUUAAUCAGAAUACACAAAGUUUCUACAGAUUAUGGGAUUUCCUUCUUUAGUGCUGUGUUUAGUACUUAGUUUAGUCAGAACUAUUAAAUUGGCCUCAAUUUCUAAAAGGUUCAUAGAUUGCUUUGCAAACUGGGUGGGCAAUACAUAUAAAUCGAUUUCUCCUUACCUGGGGUAGGAUCUGAGAUUAUUAUUCUUUUAGAGAUUGAAUAAUCACCUGUUUGAGUUUACAUUUCAUUUAGCAAUCCUGAUGAUUAUAACAAAUAUUUUAGAAAUUCAUUUUCCAUUUAUGGACUUAUAUCUAACAAUUUGUGUCAACUUAUGCUAAAUUCUACCAAAAUUUCAACUCCAAAAAGAUUAAAUGAUAUGUUCUUACAGUUAAAAUGGAAAAAUAGUCUUCUAAAAGAGAAUCUACUUCCUUUUAAUUUUGAAACACCUUAAAGAGUGUGUACUUGGAAAAUUGUGUGUACGUGUGUGUGUGUGUGUGUGAGAGAGAGAGAUAGACAGAGAGAGACAGAGAGAGAGACAGAUAGACAGAGAGACAGAGAGAGAGAGAAGCAAAUGAUAAAAGAGAUUUUUGUUAUUCUUUUUUGUCAAAACUAAGGAAAGUGAAAUUGGAUUCAAGUUAAUCGAUAAAAUAUUUACUUCAAAGAUUUAUAUGUUAUUCUAUCAAGUAAAGACAGAUUAAAUUCUCUGGGUGCUUUAUUCUUUGAUCCAUAAAAUAGUUAAGAUAUUACUAAACAACCUUCAAAACUGAAGAGCCACUAACUAAUAACUUGCACAGAUGGUACAUUCCAUAGCCACUACUACAAGUUCAAAAAGAUCUAGAUAAGUGUAAUAAAAACUCUCUAAUGUUCUGUGUUUGCUAUAUUUCACCUUGGAAUUUCUCCAACGGGUUUUGAACAUGAAGUACCACUUUUCCUUCUUAAUUGUUAGCAUCUUCAAAAAUUGGAGUUCCAUGGAACCCCCAAAUGGUCAACUUUAGAGUCAUACCACACUGAAAUGCUCUUAGACCGAUACUUUUAGUAAGAGUAUAGUUAUUGUUAGAAUAACUGUUCAGACCAUGCUAGCAUAUUUACCAGACCUUCUAAGGGAAUUGGCAACUUCUUGCAUAAAUCAAUAUGCUAAAGUCUUAUAAAAACUAAAUGGACAUCUAAUUUUCCAUUUUCUAACGAUUAAUGCAAAGCAUUGUUAUCUGCAAAGCUCUGGCAUUCCAUUGACCAUAGCACUGGGCCUUUCAUGUACAGCUUUACAAAAUGGUUGUGUGAGUUUUUCUUUAUGGUCAUUUCUCUGUUAGAUCAAACAAGAUCAUCAUAAAGAAUAACUGCUCAGACCAGUAUUCUGGCUCACUCAUCCCUUCAGACAAUUCCAUCGCUGAGUUCCUGCUUUAAUGUAUCCUAUGAUGAAUCACAACUAUUUGGCCCAACAUUUUAUUCUAAGUUGAUCAGUAGCCUGUAUGUUCUUAAGAAUUUUCAAAGAAGCACUUGUUCUUUCUAGCACUAAAUACAAGAAAAUCCCCUGACCAAAGUCCUAAUACUCUAAGUAGAGUAUUAGAGUAUUAGGACCCAAAUGUUGGUAAACAAAUUACUACACUAAGAUAACUCACCUAAACACCCAAACAAUAUGGGUUUGCUGUGUUGGUAAUCAGUUUCUACUUUACAGAAAUCCUUGUAUCAUUUUCUUUUCCAGGCCCUUUUCAUGUCCUUAGCAUUUGUAAUCAUGUGCUUUUCAAGUAUUUUCAAGUUCUAAAAAUACAGUCCAGAAAUUUUGUUAAGCCUCAAAUCAUCAUAAGGACAUUUGCUAAAACUCUGGGUUUGUUCAGCUUUCUCAGAAAUUCUGCUUAUCAACAACAGCUCUCUUACAGUACAGAUGUAUUCAGAAUUUGUUCUUUUCUCACUGUUCUGUCAGAGAAUCUGUUUUCAGUUCACACAGGAAUCUAAAGUCACAAUUGUCUGUGACUCUUAAAAAAAAGGAUUAUUUAACUCUCAUCUCCACUGAAGCCUGACUUAUGUCACUUUCCAUCCCUCCCAUUGGAACAGAUACAUUUCUGGAUUAGAGGCACAAAAGAGAGGGUGUGAUCCUAGAGAAGUAAAAUUGAGGAGAGCUCCAUGUAAAUUAACUUUUACUUACAGGGUCUUCCUUCAUCCCUCUGUCAAAGCAUUUCUUUUAUCUUCAGGGGCUGUGCACAGAACUGUGAAACAACACAGAAUGUGUCUUGAGGCUCUGCAGAAAAGAAAAAAAUAGAUCAUUUUCAACUGAGAAGACUCAGACCUGACAAAAAAGACAUCAAGAAAUUUGAAGAAAGGCUGGAGGGAGACACAGGGAUCUAUUUAAAUUCUAUUUCCUUUAUUGCUCAUUUUUAUAGUCCUCUCCCAACUGAAGAAGAAUUGGUGAUAGUGUUUCUUUUUAAACUUCCAUUGCUUCUGCCUGUAUCUCCUUCUCUGAGUCCUUGCUGUCUGUAGUUUGUAUAGGGUUCCAAAAGGAUUCUGUGGGGGUAUGGACCAAUUUAAAAACCAAACCAAAACAACAACAAAAAAGCUUCGGUACCAAAGGCAUUCAUUCUAUUUGGUAGAUAGGGUAAAGAUGUAUCAAUUACUGAAAUGAACAUUUCCUGGUAGAAUAAUAUACUAUAUACCCAAAGUUAUUUCCAUUGAGUUCUCUACUCAACCCCAUUGGUCUAAUAUCUUUAAUAUUUUAUGAUGAAUUUUUUGGAGUUAUUCUGCCUUUAUAGGAAAGAUUAGGAAAUAAAAUGCCAUUUGACAUCUGCUUUUCAAUUAUUUAAUUUGCCCAAGUGGCAAAAGGUGAUUCUGGGUACAUGAAAAACAAUUGAUUUCAGUCUUUCUCCCUUUCUACCUUCAAAAGCCAUUCCCAUGUUAGACUCCUCACAUGUGAGCCAGCAAAACUGUGAUUAAUGGGGAAAGAAGUCCCCCCCCAUCACAGGCCAAGCACGAGAGUGAUGAGUGCUUAUUUUCUGUGGUCUUGACUAAGCUGCAGCCUGGGGCCUAAGUCUAUGCCUACAAGGUUAGCUAAGAAAUAAUGCCAUAAGUACAGAUUUUCUAAUAUAAAAUUUGCUUGUCUAUUUAAAGAACAAUAAAUGUAGCUGUGCAUUUCCUUUAGGGUGGGCAGGGGACUGGAACUCCUCAUCUGCAAUCAGCUUUCCCACAGAUGGCCAUAAUGCAGCUCUGGUGACAGAAACAACCAAAACAACCAAACACAUGCUUAAGAUGUGUGCAAAAAGGCUCAAAGCACAAGGUGAAUGGAUGCUUCUCAUUCCAAUUAUAGGAAUCUGAACAAGAGAAUUUCACAUGCAUUCCAGACUGCCAUCCUUCAGUUUGCCUCUAUUCUCCUUCUUCCCUCACCCCAUGCUUCCUGCAAGACAUCCUGAAUAGAAAGGAGGAAACAGCAGAGUAUGCAGAAGAUUCCCUAGUGUCUUGGAGUAGGUAGAUCUCACGGCCCCCUGGAUCAGUACUGCAAGCUUCAGCCAGUAUUAAGUCCUGUGCAUACUGUAUUUUACCCUGUGCACAUCUCAUUAUUGGCAAGAUUCAAUUUUUAAAUUAGUCACAGUAGGAGCUUAACAGCACUAAUAAUAAGCUAGAACAACAAAUACACUUUAAUUUCCAGUUGGAAAUUGGCCACUGGUAGAAACCCACAGGCAAAGGAAAGCCUAGGCAAUCCCCUAUCUUCCUGCCUUCUUUGCAGAUGCCACAAUUGAAAUGAUCGUUCCUUCUCUGCUUGCUUGCCUGUUCCUCACUGCCACUUAUAAGCAGCUGUCAUGCCUCAUCAAUGAAGGCUCUCUCCAGAGAGAAGUCUUCUUUCAUUAGAGCUCAGAAACCCUUGUGUAAUUCUUAAACUGGAAAUUGCCUCAGAAGAAAAAAAAGGGAAGGAACAGGAAGCCUCCAGUCUUUCUCAUACAACACUUUAGAAGUUAAGACUUCUCAUUCACAUAUUCACAAUCUGACAGCAAUCUAGAGGUUGAAUUGUUCUUUUUUUUCUCCCUCUCUCUCCUAGAAGCAGGUGGGCUGAUAUAAAACCAAAUUUAAACAGAAAGCUUUAUUUAUAGCCUUAGCAGAAAGAAACGAGCUGGUAUAAUCAAAAGAACACAACAUUUUUAAGGCUCUACCUGUAAUAUACUAAAAAGCUUUAGAAAAAGAACAAAACUAUGACUGUGUUCUUUAAAUUGGUUAGCUACAUUUUAAUACCAAUACCAUUCAAAAUGUAACUGUGCAUGCUGUAAAUGGAUCUAAGAAUUUUGUUCCUGAUCUAGAAGGGCCAAAAGGAGCAGACAUUGGCUGCACGUUAGUUUCCUUCAUUGUGUUGCACACCUCCCAUUCUAAAUUGCUUUAACACCCUUAUUCCACUGAAAAAUAAUUGACAGAAUCUACAAGCUGUAUGAUCAAGAAAUAAUAAUGAAAUGGAAUAUUUAA